AUGACCCAGCGACCAAAAUCGAUUCUAAAAAACACGCAAGGGGAUAAUUCUCAGAAGGAGGAUCAUGGACUUACUUGGGAUGAAGAGAAUAUCGCAGUAACCGAGUCCCAGAAAGACUCGACGAUGAAAGUUACAGAACCAAAAACACCCUACGUCAAAUACAACGCAGAAAGUGAGCCACAUGGAGUUGAUUAG